CAAGUGAGAUGCACCAGGCAAGUGGGAUGCAGCAGGAAAGUGAGAUGCAGCAGACCUCUGCUAGGAAGCAGGGAUCUCGUCUAUUGAAUGGUCUCCGUGUGAACAGAGUGACACCAGCCCGUUCGUCGUCCGAUUUUCAGAAAGGAGAAAUGUUCUGGGUACGCCAUAAUAUAAACAAAAGGAUAUGCACCAAUUUUCUGCCAGAAGCCAGGCACGAGGACAUAUGCAAGUGCGGCUAUGAUAAAGAGGAUCAUCAUCACCUGAACUGCAGCCCUUCCUUAGGCGUGGCCGAGAGAUGGGACUCAACCUGGCACACUGACGCUGAGCCGACCGAUGCCUUUGGCGAAAUUGAAUUUGUUGGAUAUGGGCAGAGAAUCGGAAAGUACGUGAGAGUUGACCAUGCGACCAAAAUGGAUACAAUGAUAGACUUACUAAAGGACGUGUGGAAACUCAGCACACCAAACUUGCUCAUCUCUGUCACCGGGGGUGCCAAGAACUUUUCCAUGAGCCCUCGUCUGAAGGAGGUGUUUCACAGGAGUCUCAUUAAGGCAGCACAGAGCAACGGUGCUUGGAUAAUCACGGCGGGAACGCACGCGGGAGUCAUGAAGCACGUCGGCGAGGCGGUGCAGGACUAUGUGCUUGCGCACGGCAUGCACGCCCAGGAGAAUGUCAUAGCCAUCGGCAUCGCUCCAUGGGGCGUCAUUAGCAGUCGAAACGACCUCGUCGAUCCAAAGGGCAAGUGGCCAGCGCGCUAUAGAGUUGACAUUGAACCAUCGAGCCAGGAGGUGCAACUCGAUCCAAACCAUUCACAUUUCAUACUGGUGGACGAUGGAACACAGCACACGUUUGGAGUAGAGAUUGGCUUCAGAGAAAGGCUUGUUCAGGAGAUUGCCAAGCAGGGCGUAGACACAAGUUCCUCAGGAUCUCUGAGCGUGCCGGUCGUGUGUAUCGUCGUUGAAGGAGGGCCAGGAACACUAGAGAACGUAUACACAGCCGUGCUCAACGACACACCCAUCGUGAUUGUAGAGGGAUCAGGCCGUGCAGCAGACUUGCUGGUGUAUGCAUACAAGGCAUGUAAGACUGUGACAAGAGAUGAAAUAGAUGAAUUCGGUGCAAGAAAAACAGAAAUUGAGCCUGUGAUAGAUGACAACCUGCGAUACGAGCUUUUGGAUAAACUGUCUCAUGAGUUUGGAACCACACACCUCCAGAAACGUUGGAACUGGCUUCGUCAAAUACUCAAAAAGCGCCACCUGCUGUCCGUUUUCAAACUCGACAGUAGUGAAUCGGCUCAGGAUAUUGACAUUGCAGUGUUGAAUGCUCUGCUGAGAACCAAUGAGAGUAAAGUGACACAGCUUAGAUUGGCCAUCGCAUGGAACAGGAUAGAUAUGGCCAGGAAUUAUAUAUUCACUGAGAAUACAAAGUGGAAGGUUGGUGAGCUAGCAGAGAUCAUGGUGAAUGCCAUCCUCGACGAUCGCGUCGAGUUUGUCCAGGUCAUGCUGGAGCAGGGCAUUAGUCUGACGGACGUGAUCACUCGAAAACGGCUCAAAGAAAUGUACAACGUGGUGAAGCAGCACAGCAGUCUUCUGGAGCUGCUAUUGGAGGUUAUGCUGGGUUACCAUGGCGAUGAAGACGUGGGGCUGCAGCACAUUGGGGAGCUGAUCGGCACGUUGAUGGGAGAUUUCUUCACACCUCCUUACAUCGCUGACAAUGCUUCUGAUGCCCUACUGAAGAAUCCAGCACGUGAGCUGUUCUAUUGGUCUGUGUUCAACAACCGCUACCAGAUGGCAUUGCUGUUCUGGCAGAAUGGCAAGAAUCAGAUCGCUGCGGCGCUAACUGCCUUCAAGCUGCUGACUACAGCUGUGGAGAGAAUACCGGAUAUUGCUGACGCAUAUUCCUCCGUGGCGGAUAGCAUCACUAACUUUGAGGAGCUGGCCGUCGGCACGCUAACGCAGUGCUACAAGACGAAUGAGAGGAAGACGCUGGAGCUGCUCGUCAGCGAGACGCCGCAGUUUGGCGGCGCCACAUGCCUCGCUCUCGCUGCCAGCUCUCACAGCUUCAGCUUCAUGUCGACCGUCGCCUGCCAGGACGUGCUCAACAACCUGUGGCGUGGCGGCCUGUCCGGCGGCACCAGCAUCAGCAAGAACACAUUCAUGGCAGCGAGAGUUCUGCUGGCACUAGACCUUGUGCUGUUCUUCAUGCGACUCCUGCACAUCUUCCUUGUCCACAAAGAACUAGGACCAAAACUUGUGAUGAUUGCUAGAAUGCUGAACGACCUCCUGUAUUUCAUCAGCAUCAUGGUCGUCUUUGUAAUUGCCUACGGUGUCGCAUCGAUGGCCAUACUCUUUCCAAACACGCCGUUCAGUGCCACGCUUGUCAAGGACAUCCUAUACAACGCCUACUUCCAGAUGUACGGAGAACUGUUGCUAGAAAGUAUCGAAGGUACGGACUGCAGUAGUAUCGCUGCAGUGUGGCAGACUGGUGUGCUGCCUCGCUGUCCUGAGCUGUCCAACGUCGUGUUGUGUCUGCUAGCUCUCUACCUUCUCCUGACCAACAUACUGCUGUUCAACCUUCUCAUUGCAAUGUUCAGUUACACGUUUGAGAAAGCCCGAAACAAGACGGAUAGCAUAUGGAAGUUUCAUCGCUACUGGCUCGUCAUGGAGUACUUUGAGAGACCUCCGCUCGUGCCGCCGUUAAUAUGCCUCGCCCAUGUCUUCCUUGGCGCGCGUGCCGUGCUCCAUGGCAACCGGCACCACUUGUCGACACCCUUCAAGAAGCACUUGAGCGACGAGGACAGGAAGUCGGAGGAGCGGUUUGAGAUGAUAAUGGCCGACGUUCAUUAUCGCAGCGUCAUCGCCGACCUCAACGGUUGUGAUGGCCGCCGCUUCAGAGACCUACAGGACAGUAUCUCGCUGCUCUCAAACAAAGUUAUGAAAAGUCAGGAAGUGAACGAUCUACAGGAGAAGGUUGACAGCCUUACGUCUGCUGUGAGCAUCCUACAGACACAGCUUGAGAAAACCAAUGUCGCGAUGGCAUGGGUUGUUGGUGUAUUGGCUGAAAAGAAUAGUAAGCCUCUCCCAAGCAGUUUUAUAGAAGAGACCAUUGAAGGCAGCCCUCGUCAUCAGAUGCAGAAGAAUGAGAAAUCCCGCUAUGAACCUUCGACUCUGGCGAGGAAAAUGUCGUUAGAGAUGGACAAGCAGGAGCAGCAGAAGCUCCACGUGAAUUGCCGCAGUUCUCCGUACCCAGGCUCUGCAGAGCUGAGAGUCUCUGUACCAGACGACAAAGUUCCAUGGGAGAUAUUCUGCAGGGAUGAAAGUCUCUGCAUAUAG